AUGGGUUACGGCGAGAUCGAUCAAAAGGCCAUCAACACCAUCCGCACUCUUGCGGUUGAUGCGACCUUCCACAGCAACUCGGGACACCCUGGUGCUCCCAUGGGCAUGGCCCCUGUUGCCCACGUCCUGUUCAACAAGUUCAUGACCUUCAACCCCAAGAACCCUGACUGGUUGAACCGUGACCGCUUCGUCCUCUCCAACGGCCACGGCUGCAUGCUUCAGUAUGCCCUCCUCCACCUCUUUGGCUAUGACCUCACCAUCGAUGACCUCAAGGCCUUCCGAUCGGUCGACAGCCGGACUCCCGGUCACCCCGAGGCCCAUGACACCCCCGGUAUUGAGGUCACCACUGGUCCUCUUGGCCAGGGUAUCUCCAACGCCGUUGGUCUGGCCAUUGCCCAGGCUCACACCGCGGCUACCUUCAACAAGCCCGGUUUCGACCUCGUCAACAACCACACCUUCGUCUUCCUCGGCGAUGGCUGCCUCAUGGAGGGUGUCUCGAGCGAGGCCUGCUCUCUCGCUGGUCACCUCCAGCUCGGCAACCUGAUCGCCGUCUGGGACGACAACAAGAUCACCAUUGACGGUGACACUGCCGUCGCCUUCACUGAGGAUGUCCCCAAGCGAUAUGAGGCCUACGGCUGGCAGGUCCUCACCGUCGAGGACGGUGACCACGACCUCGAGGGCAUUGAGGCUGCCAUCAAGGAGGCCAAGGCCAACACUGAGAAGCCCACUCUUAUCCAGCUCAAGACCACCAUUGGUUUCGGCUCCCUGAAGCAGGGUACCCACGGUGUCCACGGCUCUCCCCUCAAGGCUGACGACAUCAAGCAGCUCAAGGAGAAGUUCGGCUUCAACCCCGAGGAGAGCUUCGUCGUCCCCCAGGAGGUCUACGACCUCUACGGCAAGCACUCUUCCGAGGGUGCCGCCGCUGAGCAGGAGUGGAACCAGCUCUUUGCCAAGUACAAGGAGCAGUUCCCCACCGAGGCCGCUGAUCUCGUCCGACGACAGACUGGCGACCUCCCCGAGGGCUGGGAGAAGAACCUCCCCGUCUACAGCCCCUCCGACCCCGCCAUCGCCUCGCGAAAGCUGUCCGAGACUGUUCUCCAGAAGGUCCACGAGGCCAUCCCCGAGCUCUUUGGUGGUUCCGCCGAUCUGACUGGCUCCAACCUGACCCGAUGGAAGGAUGCCGUCGACUUCCAGCCCAAGUCGACCGGUCUCGGCGACUACAGCGGCCGAUAUGUUCGAUAUGGUGUCCGUGAGCACGCCAUGGGUGCCAUCCUCAACGGUCUCGCUGCCUACGGCACCAUCCUGCCCUACGCCGGUACCUUCCUGAACUUCGUCUCGUACGCUGCUGGUGCCGUCCGUCUGUCGGCUCUGUCCCGCGUCCGCACCAUCUGGGUCGCCACCCACGACUCCAUCGGUCUUGGUGAGGAUGGUCCUACUCACCAGCCUAUUGAGACUCUUGCCCACUUCCGUGCUCUCCCCAACACUCUCGUCUGGCGACCUGCCGACGGUAACGAGACCAGCGGUGCUUACUACGUCGCCCUGACCUCCAAGGAGACUCCCAGCAUCAUUGCUCUGACCCGCCAGAACCUUCCCCAGCUCGAGGGCUCGACCAUCGAGAAGGCUGCCAAGGGUGGUUACGUCCUGCGCGAGGUCGAGGGCGCCGACAUCACCCUCGUCGCCACUGGUUCCGAGGUUGCCAUUGCCCUCGAUGCUGUCAAGGUCCUCGAGGAGAACCACAACAUCAAGGCCCGUGUCGUCUCCCUGCCCUGCUUCGAGGCCUUUGACCUCCAGGAUCAGGAGUACCGCCUGUCUGUCCUCCCCGACGGCAUCCCCUCGCUGUCCGUUGAGGUCAUGAGCACCAUGGGUUGGGAGCGCUACACCCACGAGCAGUUCGGCAUCAACCGCUUCGGUGCUUCUGGUGCCUACAAGGAUGUUUACAAGGCAAGUCAUCCCCUACCCCUGAAGUUCGAGUUCACCCCCGAGGGUAUCGCUAAGCGUGCCGUUGCCACCGUCGACUUCUGGAAGGAUGUCCCCAACGUCCGCUCCCCUCUCAACCGCGCGUUCAAGCAGAUCAUCUAG